GCGAAGACCGUGCAUUCGUCUUCCUCUCGCCACCAUCCUCCCCCUCCUCCAGUGACUCCUCUCUCUCACCAAGCCUCGGAUUCACUCCCCCAACGCCCUUCUAUCCCUCGCAAGCCGACUCGCCCGACGCACAGUCGGUCUACAUCCAUCCCCUCCAAGUCGGCCUCCGUCCGAGCGAAGCCGCCGCCCUUACCGCGCUCCGCUUCGUCGCUGUCCGCUGUCCACCACCGGUACUCGCACGACCCCAACUUCCACCCCCUCAACCUCCACCCCGACGAACUCCGUCGUCUCUCCGCUAUGGCUGCUGCCCGCGAUGAUCUCCGCAGCUCGAUGGACGUCGACAUGAACGACCCGCGCCUGAGCUCGCCGCCCCCGACCAACGGCGUCAACGGCACCCACACCGAGAAGAGUCCCACGCCGCCCCCUCACCGGUCCAAUGGGAACACCGCCGAGGCCGACUCCUUCAAGUUGGCCGGCAACAAGUUUUUCAAGGAUGGCAACUACACCCGUGCCAUCGAAGAAUUCAACAAGGCCCUCGAGAUCUCCCCCAACUCCUCUGUCUACCUGUCGAACCGGGCGGCCGCGUACAUGGCGGCCAACCAAUAUCUGGCGGCGCUGGAGGACUGUGAGCGGGCCAGAGAACUCGACCCCACCAACGCCAAGAUCAUGUACCGUCAGGCCCGUAUCCUGACCAGCCUGGGCCGCCCCACUGAGGCCCUGGACGUGCUGUCCCGCAUCGAGCCCCCGGCGUCCGCCACUGACCGGGCCUCCGCGGAGAAGAUGCUCCGCUUCGUCACCCAGGCCGAGGAGGCGCUGUCCGGUGACCGGGGCGUGUCGAUGGUGCUGUUCUGCUUGGACCAGGCGCGUCAGCUCCUGGGCCAGGGCGUCAAGGAGCCCCGCAAGUGGACUCUGAUGAGCGCGGAGGCGCAGCUGAAGCUGGCCAACGACAACUCGUACGGCAAGGCACAGGACAUCGCCAUUGGUAUGCUGCGCGAGAACAGCCAGGACCCCGACGCGCUGUUGAUCCGGGCGCGGGCGUUCUACGGCAUGGGCGACACGGACCAGGCGCUGAAGGUGCUGAAGAUCUGCCUGGGGCUGGACCCGGACAUGAAGACGGCGAUCAAGCUGCUGCGGACGGUGCAGAAGCUGGUGCGCACCAAGGAAGAAGGUAACACGGCGUUCAAGGCCAAGGACUACCGCAAGGCGAUCGACCUGUGGUCGCAGGCGCUGGCGGUGGACCCGAAGAACAAGGACAUGAACGCCAAGAUCCUGCAGAACCGGGCGCAGGCGUACAUCAACCUGAAGGAGCACGACAGCGCGGUGGCGGACUGCACGGAAGCGCUGCGGCUGGACCCGGGCUACGUCAAGGCGCAGAAGAUGCGGGCCAAGGCGCACGGCGGCGCGGGCAACUGGGAGGAAGCGGUGCGCGACUACAAGGCCGUGGCCGAGAGCAACCCCACGGAGAAGGGCAUCCAGGAGGAGAUCCGGCGGGCCGAGUUCGAGCUGAAGAAGGCGCAGCGCAAGGACUACUACAAGAUCCUCGGGGUGUCCAAGGACGCGUCGGAGACGGACAUCAAGAAGGCGUACCGCAAGCUGGCGAUCAAGUACCACCCGGACAAGAACCGCGACGGCGAGGCGGGCGACGAGAAGUUCAAGGAGAUCGGCGAGGCUUACGAGACGUUGAUUGACAACCAGAAACGCGCUGCAUAUGACAACGGCGACGACCUCAUGGACCCGGCCGACAUGUUCUCGCACGGCGGCUUCGGCGGCAUGGGAGGCAUGGGCGGCAUGGGUGGCAUGGGCGGAAUGGGCGGCAUGGGCGGCACGCACAUCAACAUCGACCCCAGCGUGCUCUUCAACAUGAUGAACGGCGGUGGCGGUGGCGGGUUCGCGCACGCGGCCGGCGGCGGACAGCGCGGCGGAUUCCCCGGCGGAUUCCCCUUCUAGACAGACAAACAGACCGACAGCGUUGCAUGAGAAAAAGUUGCUGCUUGGCUGGUUUGGUUGGUUGCAUAUGCGUUAUUUGGCUGUGAUUUCGAUUCCGAUUCCAACGACAGAAUGACGCGAUAGACUUUCUUUUCUUGUUCUUUCUUUUUUUUUUUUCUUG